AUGAAUGUCAAGGCCAGGGCACAUGGACCCACGGUCUCCAUCUCCUCAGACAACUACCUAUCUACGGACGUGGGCUCCUGCACCCUGGUCUGUCCCCUGAACAACCAAGAGGUGACGGCUGAGGACGGAACACAGCGGUGUGAGAAAUGCAGCAAGCCCUGUGCCCGAGUGUGCUACGGCCUGGGCAUGGAGCACCUGCGGGAGGUGAGGGCGGUCACCAGCGCCAACAUCCAAGAGUUUGCCGGCUGCAAGAAGGUCUUUGGGAGCCUGGCGUUUCUGCCAGAGAGCUUUGAGGGAGACCCAGCCUCCAACACUGCCCCCCUCCAGCCUGAGCAGCUCAGAGUGUUUGAGGCUCUGGAGGAGAUCACAGGUUACCUGUAUAUCUCAGCGUGGCCAGACAGCCUGCCUAACCUCAGUGUCUUCCAGAACCUGCGAGUCAUCCGGGGACGAGUUCUGCAUGACGGCGCCUACUCGCUGACCCUGCAAGGGCUGGGCAUCAGCUGGCUGGGGCUGCGCUCACUGCGGGAACUGGGCAGUGGGCUGGCCCUCAUCCACCGCAACGCCCGCCUCUGCUUCAUACACACGGUGCCCUGGGACCAGCUCUUCCGGAACCCCCACCAGGCCCUGCUGUACAGUGCCAACCGGCCGGAGGCCGAGUGCGUGGGCGAGGGCCUGGCCUGCUACCCGCUGUGCGCCCAUGGGCACUGCUGGGGUCCGGGGCCCACCCAGUGCGUCAACUGCAGCCAAUUCCUUCGGGGCCAGGAGUGCGUGGAGGAAUGCCGAGUACUGCAGGGGCUACCCCGGGAAUAUGUGAAGGACAGGUACUGUCUGCCGUGUCACUCCGAGUGUCGGCCCCAGAACGGCUCAGUGACCUGCUUUGGGGCGGAGGCUGACCAGUGUGUGGCCUGUGCCCACUACAAGGACCCUCCCUUCUGCGUGGCUCGCUGCCCUAGUGGCGUGAAACCCGACCUCUCCUUCAUGCCCAUUUGGAAGUUCGCAGAUGAGGAGGGCACGUGCCAGCCGUGUCCCAUCAACUGCACCCACUCGUGAGUUGAGGGCCUUUUCUGCGGGAAGGAGAGCUUUGUCCCGGAGCCUUUCUGGGGCUCUUACUAUAAAAGGGGGAUAACUGCCUUUGCUUAUCCUGAGUCUCUUAGUUUUGUUUCUGCUUUUUUCUGCUCCGCAAAGUAAC